AUGUGUGUGGUCAGCUGCCGAGCAGCCUCGCUUGGCGGCGUCGGCACACACAGCGCCGCUCGACAACAGACAGCCCAUAUUUCGUCGCUCGCCCGGCCCGCCGCCGCGAGGCAGCAGGUCGCGGUCACCAACGAUCGCGGCGUGCUCCGCCUUGCCAUCUGCGCCGGCGAUCGCGUCCUCCUCUCCCUUGCCGACCCUUGCGUGCUCACGCAGACGCUCGGCCCAUUUCCCGCCGGCUCGGUGAACUGUGUCAGCUGGACGGCCAGCGGGGACGCACUUGCCGUUGGCGUGGGCGCGACCGCCCGCGUGUACGAGCGCACGCGUGACGGUGGCGCGGGGAGCAGCUGGCGCUGGGAGGAGACGGCGGUGCUGACGCCGACGACGGGAGGCGGUCGGCGCCCGUCGUCCUCGGGUGACCCGCUGCCAGCGGUGGAGGCGGGCGAGUUGGCGGCGCUGGCUUGGAGCGGCGUGUUCGGCGCCAGGCGCGCGCUCUGGGGCGCCGCCGCACACGUGCUUAUGCUUUGGACGCAGCCGGCGGACGCAGGCGCCGCCGCAGACGCCUCCGAGUGGCAGCUGGCGUGGCGGCGGCAGCUCGCGACGCCCGUCAGUCUGCUGGCUGGCUGCGGUGGCGCGGCGGCGCUGCUGGCAAGCGCCGGCGACGGCGACCGCCUCGCCAAGGUGUGGCACCCUGAGCCGCCGGACGACCAAGCGGCGACGGGACGGCUGCCGCGCCGCCGCGCCGCCGCGCCGCCUCCGCUCCGCCUCGGCUUUAGCUACCUCUGCCACCCGGCGCCGGUCGCGUCGCUCGAGUGGCGUCCGGCGCCGGCGGCUGGCGCUGGCGACCCCUCUUCGCCGGAGACGAGCGUCUUGCUCUCGCUCUGCCGAGACGGCACACCACGGCGGUGGGUCGACCAGGGCCGCACCCCACGGCUGUGGAUGAUGGCGGCGGCCGGAGGCGGCGGCGCGCCUCGCCCGUGCCUGGCUCCUAGAAGCUGGAUGGGGACCGCUGCAGUCCCGACUGGCACUCGAGAGGACGCGCACUCGGCUGUCUGCAGCCGUCUGCUCGGACUCGAGGCGGGUGCGAGCGCCACGCUGCGCGAGGAGGACGCCUUCCUCCUCGCCCUCCUCGCAGACGGCUCGCUCCACGUGUGGCUCGUCGCCGGUGGCGCGUCACCGUCCCCGCGGUGCGCGCCAAAGACGCUGCUGUGGGCCAGCCUGCACCGCGCACUGCCGCACGCGCAGGCCUUCUUCUUCGGCACCGGCUUCAGCCACCUCGCGCAGAGGCUCGGCGCCGCGGAGCCUUGGCCCGGCUCCGACUCGGACAGCCUCCCGGCCUCCGUCUCGCUCGUGCUGCACAGCGAGGGCGGCGGGCUCUGCCUCAGCACCGUCCAGCUGCAGCGGGCGCACGUCGGCGCGCGGGCCAGCCGUGGGCUACUCACUGGGCAUGACGCCCGGGCCCUGCUUGUCGCGCUGCACGAGCACGAGAGCGAGCCGCUGGUCGCAUCGCUCGACGCUGCCGGCGAGGUUGCCGUCUGGGAAAAGGCGUGGGACGGGGCGGCCUCCGCGGCCGCGGCCGCCAGCGGCGCGAGUAGCGCCGCGAGGCGGCGGCACGCGGCGGCGCACGGCGACAGCGAUGCGCUCGGCACCGGCGCGCUGCGUUGUGUGGGGGUGGCCCGCGUCGACGCGGCGGCGGCGGCGUGGCUGCCGGGUCGGCUGCUCCUUCUGCGUGAGGGCGCGGGCCGCGGUGAGGAGGGGAGCGGCUGCCCCAGCUGGGGCGUGGCCACCGCCCUACCGAGCCCUUGGGCAGAGCCGCGCCCAGCGUCGCGCAGGACAGGCGCGUGCUGGCUGUGCGCCACGCUCUCCGCCACAGGGGGGGCGCGCGGGGGCGGUGGCGCGAGCGGCAGAGGGGGCGGAGGCCGAGGCGGGGCGGACGGGCUGCUGCUCAAUGGCGAGCGCGGCGCGGCGGUGCUGUGGCGGAGAGAGCCCUCCUCUCCCGCCGCCGUCUCCGCCCCCCCGCUCGCUUGGGGCCGCGAGCUCUCUCUGGGUGGGUCGAGUCGCCCCGUGCUCGCCGCGGCGAUGGCGCCGCGGCCACUGGCCAGAGCGGCGGCUGCCGCCCAGACUCGCUCGUGCAGCGUGCUGGUGACGGCGGCGAGCGGCGAGGGGGCGGGCGAGGCGGGUACGACCCUCUUCUUCUGGGACAUCGAGCCCGUGGGCGGGAGGGACGAGACCCUCGUGCCGUUUGCUUCGGUGGCGCUGCCUCCCCAAGGGCCGGUGACCGCCAUCGCGUGGGAGGGAGGCGGCGCGCGCCUCGCCGCGCUGAUCGGCAAGCCUGCCUUUCCUGCCUCUGCCGGCGCGAGCGGGAGGGUGAUCGAGUUGCCACGCGACGAGGGAGGGCGCGACGGCGGAGGCGAGGCGGGCGUCGCUCGCGCGUCGGUUUCCGAUGCGGCCUCGCGCGCCGCGUCGGAGGCCGCCGCCGCCGCAGCCGCACCAGGCCCCUCAGGAGGCUUGCCUCUCCUCGCCUGGCUGGGGGCUUCGGCCGUGGCUGUGGGCAGCGGCGGCUCGAGCCCAUCUCCUCGAGCCCGCCUCCUCGUCUUUUCCCGCGAGCGCGUGGGCGGCGGCGGCAGCGGCAGUGGCCACGAGGGUGGCGAUGGCGGUGGCAUGCAUGGCUUGGGCCGCUGGUCACGCCGCGCGGAUGUGCCUCUUGCGGGCGUGUGCGGGAGGCCGUCGACCAUCUGCCGGUCACGGAGCGGCGCGUUCCUCCUCGCAUCCGGGCCGCAACUGUUCCUCUGCCCGCACGUCCCCUCGCGGAGCAGCACAGGGGGUGGCCCCACGACAACGCUCUGCUCAGAUUUGCCGCCGCCGUGGCACCCACACGUGCUGCAGGAGAUGCUCUUGCUCGGCGAGAGCGCAGCCGCGGAACGUGCCAUCCGCCACGUCUCGGCUCGUUUGGCCCGCGGAGAGGAUGGCGUCGGCCGCUGGAGAGCCCGCAAGGCGGGCCCGGCGUCGGCGGCGGAGGAGGAGGAGGCGGGCCCGGCGUCGGCGGCGGAGGAGGAGGCGGAGGCGGAGGCGGUGGAGGCGGCGGAGGCGGCGGAGGCGGAGGCGGCGGAGGCGGCGGAGGCGGCGGAGGCGGCGGAGGCGGCGGAGGCGGCGGAGACGGCGGAGGCGGCCUCACAGGACCGCACCUGGCCGGCGCUGCGCGCGGUUGGCGCCGGCUUGUGGCUGCCGCGAGGAGACGCGUUGCGGGCUGCUCUAGAGGCCGCGGCCAAGGCCAAGUUCUCUGCGACGCGCCGCCCCGAGGCGUGCGCGUUGCUCUACCUCGCGCUGGGCAAGAAGGGUGCGUUGCAGGCGCUUUGCCGCGUUGUGCGGGACGAGAAGCUGGGUGGGUUUCUCGCGCACGACUUUCAGGAGCCGCGCUGGCGCUCCGCCGCCAAGAAGAACGCGUUUUCCCUGCUCUCGAAGCAGCAGCACGGCCUCGCCGCCGCUUUCUUCCUCCUCGCGUCGGACGUCGAGGCGGCGGCGCGCGUUUGCUCCCGCCAACUUGCCGACGUGCAGCUCGCGAUCGUCAUCGCGCGCUUGCACGAGGCCGAGGCGCCAGAGCUGUUCGGUGCGAUAGUCGAGCACGAGCUGCUGCCCCACGCGGAGGCGGAGGCGGACGCGUGGCUUGUGGCCGUGUCGCACAUGCUGCUCGGCCGCCCGCUCGAGGCGGUGCGCACCCUCUCCGCGGCCGGUGGCCAGACGUUCGCCGCAGCGGGGGAUUCGUCGCCAAUGGGGGGUGCUCGGGAGGCAGAGGGGCUCGACCCAAAGACGUCACUGCGGCGCGCGUCCUCGUACGAGCCCGGCUGUCGCAUCGCGUUUGUGCACGAGCUGCUCGCCGCGCCAACGUCUGCGCCUUUGCGUGAGGCGCUUCGUGCCGGUGGCUUGCUCGCCGAGGUGGCACCGGCCUCCGGAGGAGCUGAGUGCGCUCGUGGGGUGAGGGGGCGCGCGGGGGCCAUGCUUCCGCUCACCCUGUUGAACGCAAGCAUCGACGCGGCCGUCGCGAGCGGCAGCCCCGCGCUCGCCGCGUCGGUGGUGCGUCGCGUCCCGAAGCCGGCCUUGCUCGGCUCGGAGGGCGCGCGCGCGUGCUUGGGCGCGCAAUACGUCUACCAGCGCGCCGCGGCCUUGCUGGCCUCCUCGCGGGCGUGGCCGCCCGAGGGGGGCGCUGGCUUGCGCGAGGUGGAGACGCGUCUGACGGCCGCGGCGCCGUUUCUCUGUGCGGCCGCCGACGAGGUCGCCGAGUGGCUCUGCGUGCCGCGGCGCACAGUGGAGGCAGAGGCGCUCUGCUUGGCGCUCCUCCUGUGCGUGUCAGCUUUGGGUGUGGGUAGCGGGGGGGCGCAGAGGCUCCUUGGGGACGAGGCUCGCGCUUGCUGGCAGCGAUUGUGGCGAGGACUUGACGCCGUGCCCGCUGAGGCGCCGCCUCCCGGCGACGACAACGUCAACGACGCCGAGGCGGCUGCGUAUGCGCGGGCGCGGCUACUACUUGCUUUGGUCGAGCGGCUCGAAGAGGCCGUCUCUAGUGGCGCCGCGGGUGUCGGCGGCGGCCAUCAGGAAGCGGGCGGCGGCGUGACGGCUGACGCAUCACCCGGGCGGAGGAAGGAGCAGCCAUUCUGCAGGCAGUCGCCCGAUUCUGUGGGAGCUGUCAGCACGGCGGCCCUGCUCCCGCCGUCGGUUUGCGAGGCGGGCGCGACGGGCACGUCGAGCGCGACGGGCGCGUCAGGUCUUCCACCGCCGCCGCCGCCUCUCUGGCUACCAAUGCCGGCGGAGUGCGUUCUAUCAGUGCUCGCCACUUGGCGUUCGCUGUUGCUCGCGCGCAUCGCCGCCAUCGACACGCGUUUGCCGCCCGAGAGCUGGCCUGUGGGCCCGCUCUGGCUGCGUGGCCGCAGUCGCAGCAGUCUCGAGCGGUUGUGGGCCGUGGUCGUCGCAGAGGAGGAGGGCGACGACGGCGCCGUCGGAGCGUCGCCCUUGUGGCCGUUGUACGGUGCGGUGCCGCCGCGCCCACCGUCGCCUCCGCCGCCGCCGAGCGGGGGCACGGGCGGGGGCACGGGCGGGGGCACGGGCGGGCGGGCUGCGGGGCCGCCGCCGCCGCCACGGGCGCGCCUCUCCGCGCCUGUGACGCUGUUGCGGCGCAAGGGCGAGUUUGUGCGCGCCGUGUGCGCGAACUCGCUCAACCCGCUGCAGCUCGCGUACGCCCUCUCCCGCGGCGUGCACCAGAUUGAGCUUGCCGCGGAGGUCGAUUUGUCGACGGCGGCUGGCGCCGGCGCGCCGCCGCUGCCGCCGUCGGCGAUGCAGCUCAGCUGCACCGCGCCCGGCGUCGUCGCGCGCUGUUUGUGCUCCCACCCCAGGCUUCCUCUCUACCUCGUGGGCAGUGACGGCGUCGUUCAGUGCUGGCAGUUUGGCCAGUCCGUGCAGGGGCUCGGUUUGCACGACCACCUCCGCGCGCAAUACGCUCUUCCAGUGGGCACCGCCAGUGGCCACCACGCCACGAGCGUCCGCUUCUCCCCUUGCGGCGAGCUGUUUGGCUGCAUUGACACUACGGGCCGAGUCGGUCUGUGGCGGCUUGGCGGCGCGCGCCCCGACUCGCUCGAGCGCGCGCCGCCCUACGCCCAAAUGCGCUGCCUCUCUCGCGGCGCGGAUCUCUGCUUUGUCGACUCGCCCGUCGUCGUCGCGGCCGCCGGCUCCUCUGGCGGCGCCGAGGAGCCCUCGCUUUGCGUGUGGGACGCUCUCCUCCCACCCGGGCGGUCCGUCGUCGCCUCGUGCGCCGCCCACCCGGAAGGCGGCGUUUGCGUCGCGUAUUUGCCGUCAGAGGGGGUCUUGCUGAGCGGCGGCGCCGGCGGUGAGGUCGUCGUCUUCGAUCUGCGCCAGCGCAGGUUGCGCCACCGCUGGUCGGCGCACGCGCUCGGGGUGCGCACUCUCGCAUGUGGCGAUGGGGGGUCGUGUUUCACCGCUUCGGCCGAUGGCGACUUGAAGCUGUGGGACAUCUCUCGGCCGGGGACCCCGCUCGCGCAUUGGCCACGCGUGCACGAGCCACACACGGCGUCGCCGCUCUUCCAUCCGGUGGGGACGUCGAUCGGCCGCACCUAUGGCGUCAACUGCAUGAUCGAGGAGGGCGGCCGCCUAAUCACCGGCGGUGCGGACGGGCGGCUCCUUUGCCACUGCUUCUGA